AUUACGCUAACGUGUAGACCGUUUGGUAAAGUGCGUUCCAGCGUGUAACCGUCACAAUUCCUAUUAAUAAUGGUGCGAUUAAUUACAAGGAAGGAAGUCGAAAAGCAUAAGAACGGAUGGAUUAUUAUACACAAUAGUGUUUACGAUAUGUCGAAGUUUAUACCCGAACAUCCAGGUGGUGAAGAGGUUUUAUUGGAACUAGAGGGAUUCGACGCAACCGAGGGUUUUGAAGACGCCGGCCACACGCCGGACGCCAGAGGCAUAUUAGCUAAGCUUAAGGUUGGUGAAUUGGAGAAAACGGAGCACACGGAAUUCGAAGCUAAGACAGAAGAUUGGUUAGUUUAUACUCCAGAUCCCAAAGAAGAAGAGCCACCUGCAUCUGAAAAUUCGCUCACCGUUCCCAUUAUAAUCGGACUAGUGGCAAUAUUGAUAUGUUUCUUUUACUACUACUACUUCGUCUAAGUAUUUAAAUUUGUUUAUAUCCUACAUAAGCAAUUCGCAGUUAUUGUAAAAUUUUACUUACAAGAUCUCCUUGAAUAGAUGACAUUCACGCAGA